AUGAUGGAAGUAAUAAUAAGAAAAGUGUUGACAAAUAGAUAUCUAUUUAGAACAAUUAUAAAGUCAUUGUCACCGUUUAGAGAUAUUCAAGAAGAUGAAAUGAAUUGUUGCUUGGAAUUGUAUAGAUAUGAAGAAUGGGUCAAUGCAAAGGAUAUGAUACAACAUGGACAUGUUGGUCUAUUAAUUGACAAGAUCAAGAAUAAGAACAAUAACAAUGACAAGAGACUGUUGUUUGAUUGUCACGAAUGUAUACCUGUAUUAUUUAAAAGAGUGCGAGACAUACAAUCGUUUAUAUAUAUCUUUGAAAGAUAUAGAGACGAGAUUAUCCUCUAUCUCGAAAUGUCUGCUGCACAUGACUUGCAAUACUACCUUUCACAAAACACACCAGACAUUAUAGACUAUGUAUGUCGUCAACAACAACAACAACCAUCAUCACUCAUUGAAUGGGACAUUACAGCAUACAUGGGAGCUGUCAAUAGUAACCAAAUCAAUAUACUCGAUCAUUUAAAGAAUCAAAUGAAAGUAAAGAUUAGUUUCAAAGAGAAUAAUCUCAAUGGACUAGCUGCAAGUGUAUUUAGACAUUAUUUUAAGAGAGCCCAUGGCAAACAAUUCAAACAUCGGAGUGGUAACCGUGAUGCCAUUCGUUGGUUGAUCGAGAAUACCGAUAUUAGAGAGUAUCCCCCGUCGCCAUCUCAUCAGGCCAUCGUACAUGGUGAUGUUGACAUACUCGAUAUAUUCGAUCCGAAUGUUGCAGAGUGUCGACGCAGUCCUUCCAUCAUGUCUUAUUUUCGAGCAAGUGUCAAGCGGAAAUUGAAGGUUACCAAGUAUAUCAUGGAUCACAUGUGUGACAUUAAAUACGACUAUGAAGAAUUGGUUUGGUUUUACAUUGACAAGAUUACAAAGAGACAUCCAAGACUAACUAGUCUCCUAUACGACCAAGAUACAAUGGACGAGUUGGUAGGACACUACCUACAAUUCAAUCUACACAACAAUACACCCUUUCACAUUACCUCAAUCCUUUUAUUAGAGUUGAAAUUGGCCGACAAGUAUGAUAACCUUGUCAAUGUAGUCCAAUCACUGUUGCAAGAAAGAAAUAGUGACUAUUUAGUCAGACAUGUAGUACCAUUCAAUCUUGAAAGAGUAUUGAAUGCACUGACCCUCCAACAACUUAAAAAGUGUCACCAUGUCAUGAACCUAGACACUCUGACAGUUGAAAGCACCGAAUUCUCGCUUGAAACAUUGACACUAGAUGUUGUUGCAUUUCUAUUCUCCAACUACCCAUCGAUCAUCCCCAGACUACAAGAACUUGCACUCUAUUCAAAAGUUUAUGUCGAUUGUAUAGAUAUGCACAAGUUAAUGGUCAAGUUUAAUAUUGAUGCUACAUUUAAAGGUGGACAAUCUCUUGCACAUCGACUAGCAUUGAAAAGAGAUAGAGAAGGGUUUGAUUAUUAUAUCAAACAUGUAGAAACCAUUGAUUUCCAAAUAGGAAAUCGAGGUUGGCUUCUAUUGGAUCAUGCAUCUAAAUCAUUUUCUAAAAAGGUUGAACAAUUUAAAAAAGGUUAUGAAAAUAAUCCAAUCCAAAGAGAAUCACAGAAUCUAUCAUUUACCAAAGAGUUGGCUAGGAUGAUUGCAAGAAAAGGAUCCAUUCAAGUAUACAAAAUAAUUAAAAAUUAUUUAUCAACUCAAUUUGAUGAUGAUGAAUCAAACAAAAAUUCAACAGAACAUUUUAAACUUUCAUUAAUAAUCUAUUCUAUACUAUUUGAAAAUUACUCUUUUAUUAAAUAUAUUUUGGAUCAAGAAGAAAAUGGAACUAGAAAUACUAGUAAAAUUAAAGAUAUACAACAUUUUAUUGAAUGGUAUAAAAUAUAUUAUUUAAUACAACCUCCUUUAAAUAAUAAUAAUAAUAAUAAUAAUAAUAAUAAUAAUAGUUCAUUAAUUAAUAUAAUUCAAUUAUAUAAUAAUAAUAAUAAUAAAUAA